UCAUAGUUACGAUUCCUGAAUGCUACAGUGUGACUCCGGGACCGAGUACUGUGAAUAAACCCUAAAAGCAAUAUAAUUUCCAAGCCCAGCUUCUGAAGUCGCAAGCGGUGCUUCUUUAGCUGGAGAUUCUGAAGUUGAUACUGCUCAGGUGGGCCUUACCCAGAUCGCUUUGCGGAGUCAGAUACCAAAGCCAUUGCAGAGCAGGGGAUAGAGACGUGGAUCGCUGAACAUGGACAGCAGAGGGCCUUACGUACAACCCAACAUGGACAGCAGAGGGCAGAGUCUGGUUGCUGCCAGAGCCACAGAGAAGAAGGUGUCGGUGCCCACUAAAGCGAGAGCCAAUGACAAAACUGCACCAGAGCCUCGAGCGAUGAAAGGGAAAGGUUCAAUGGGAAACAUUGCAAAUGGGGCACCAACUCUCUCCUUUACUAUCAGUGGACUUCUCAUUGCCCGGAGACUGACGAAGAAUCUGAAGGAGAGAACGGCAUUGAAGAUAGCUGCCAAGAAGCCAGUUGUCACCAAGAUUGUAAAUGAAAAGGUACCGCCUUUUUCCUCAAAACCCCCUCAGAAAUUCUCCACCUUCCCUGUCCAGAAGUUCCUGGAAGAAUACCUGCCCAGUAAGCUCAACGUCAUCUCCUAUGAUCCUGACAUUGCCAGCAGGCUGACAGUAGAAAUGAGCAACAAAAUCAAGGAGUUUGCCAAGGGCAGACUGCCGCCCAGGUACAAGUUGGUGUGCAUUGUGACGGUGGGCGAGAGGUGCCAGGUGGAUGCCCUUUUGACUAGCCGCGCCCUCUGGGACACCAACGCUGACACAUUUGUCUCCCACAGUUAUGAGAACAGGACCAUGUUCUGUGUUGCCAGCAUCUUUGCCUUGUACUGUGAGUGAGGGGUUCUCCGGCUGGUUAUACUGGAUGGCAGAGUGCAUUUUUCAGAGGUGUUUUCCUUGUUGGUAGCUGAUCUAACUGUGCUUAAGUGUAAAUAGAGAGAAACUAAUUCACCUGGGAAAAUUAUCCGGAGUAAGCAAACGCAAGAGGACAUGCGCUCUUCUCAUGACUACCAUCAAUGUGGAAAUCCAUGGACAGGAGGAGAUUAAGAGGACUGUGGAUCAAAUGUGGGCAGGUGGGACCACUCAACAUUUUAGGAACAUUUGAGUUGCCUGAGUUAUAGGGAAAGAUAAAAUAGGCAAAACAACAAAUGUCACAACAUAUGUCAGUGAUAAUAAUUCUGAUUCUGAUAAUUAAAUUUUUAAAAAAUUA